UUUUGAUGAGAUGUGGUGUUGCACAGCUAUCACUUCUAGUCAGAUGAAGCAGUGGUGGGGUCAGCAAUUGGAGAGUGAGUGUGAUAUUACAGCGGAGGAGUGUCAGAAGUGUAAGCACUAUGAAAGUGUGCAGGCUGUAAAUAGCUACCAGACCUGGGACUCAUGGGAUCAGCUACGUAUGAUCAGAGAGGGAAGGGGUUUUGUUAUUGGAGAGUGAAGAAUUAUUUUUGGAAGCAGAUUGGUUAGAUGUUCUGCUGGAAGCAGUGUGUGUGUGUCUCUCGAUUUUAGUUUAGCUCAACUGGGAGGCCCUCGAUGGAGAUCAACAAAAAGGUGGAUAAAGGAGAAGACAACAGCCCUGAGGGGGAGAUGACAAAGGAGGAUGUUUCAGAGGCCAAUGAGGGGGACAUCGUCCUGGGCUGCCACAUCAGACUCUCUUCUCACCAGCGACCAGUUAUCCACCAGGUGGCUUCUGCACCCAUGCCCAGUGACUGUGAAUUCUCCUUCUUUGACCCCAGUGAGCCACAGUGCAGGGAAGUUCUCCUGGAUCCCAGCACCACUAUACCUGAGCUGUUUGCCAUCCUUAGGCAGUGGGUGCCCCAGGUUCAGAAGAACAUAGGUGUGAUUGGUAACGAGAUCCUGAAGAGAGGCUGUGGUGUGAAUGAUCGGGAUGGUCUAACAGACAUGAGUCUUCUGCACUACUGUUGCAAAGCUGGGGCUCCAGGAAUCGGUGAUGCAGAGACUGCAGCCAGCUUCGCCCGCCAGCUCCUUGCCUUGGGCGCUGAUCCUAACCUUCGAUCACGCUGGACUAACAUGAGGGCUUUGCACUAUGCUGCCUACUUCGAUGUGCCGCAGCUCAUCCAGGUGGUUCUACAGGACGCCCAGCCUGGAGAAGUAGAUGCCACCUGCAGCGACUUUGAUUUCGGCACUGCCCUUCACAUUGCUGCAUCCAACUUGUGCUUAUCAGCUGUCAAAUGUCUUUUGGAGCUGGGAGCCAACCCUGCGUUCAGAAAUGAAAAGGCCCAGUGCCCAGCAGACGUGGUUCCUGACCCACUCGACAUGCCUUUAGACAUGGCAGAUGUGGCUGCUGUGGCCAAACAACUUCGGACUUUGCUGAGAGAGGCACUACCCAGACCCAGCACGCCUCUGCCGCUCACACUGCAGGCCCAGUCGCCACCUGCUUUGUCCGAUAAGGCCAGGGUGCAGCUUGCCACCAUGGGGAUCCGACUGGGUGACCGUGUGGCCAUAGCUGGACAGAAGGUUGGAACCUUGCGGUUCUGCGGCAGCACUGAGUUCUCUGGAGGCCUCUGGGCUGGAGUGGAGCUGGACAAACCAGAGGGGAAGAACAAUGGCUCGGUAGCAGGGGUUCAGUAUUUCACCUGUCGACUCAAACAUGGAAUAUUUGCUCCUCUUUCCAAGAUAAGCAAACCCUUGGAAAGACCUAAAGCAACAAAGGUGCAUACGCCAGUACGACCCCCUCGUCGCAUUGACCUGUCUCGCAUCACCUCCAGGAUAAACACAGGUUUAUCACAAUCCAUUAAAAAGUCCCCUGAUAACCAAAACAGUCCACAUGGACCCAGUCAGGGCACCGAGGGAGACUCCUCGGGGACAUGCACAGGGGCCCUCUCCCGCUCUCUCUCCACUUCGUCGUCUUCGAUGGACUCCCAGCAGGGGCCACGUGCCCGGGCUUGCCCCCUGCCAAGGCGGCGCCUUCCAGCCAGGCAGCGACGGGAGCGCGUUACCCCGAGUCCCAGGACGACCCCCUCGACGGGGCCCCGCUCCUCCUCCAACGCCAGCGCAGGUCUCCGCAGUCGAACCCCUUCAGCCGGUAGUUCUGUGUUUGAGGGCCCCGAGGUGCAUGUGGGAGAGAGGGUGCUGGUUGUUGGACAGAGAACUGGUGUGGUCCAGUUUUAUGGAAAUACCAGCUUCGCUCCAGGUCUCUGGUUGGGCAUCGAAUUGGACAAGCCAAGUGGUAAGAAUGACGGAUCAGUGGGAGGAGUGCGGUACUUCAGCUGCCCCCCCAAACACGGCGUCUUCGCUCCCCCGUCUCGUGUUCAGCGAAUCCAUGGAUCUGUUGAUUGCCUUUCAGAGCUCUCCUCCUCACGCCUCAGUCAUCCUUUAACUGCCAGCAUGCGCCGCAGUUUGAGCAUGGCGUCCGCCAUCGCUGCCCCGAAGGAGACGAGCAGAAGAAGCCCUGUUACCAGGAGUCGCUCCAACCCUCACCGUCGCCGGUGGAGCACUCUGAGUGGUUGCAGCAGCAGCAUUCCUGAAAACACGGCAGGGCCCGGUCCUGCGGGCGGCUGCGACGGCCCGGUCCGCCUCCACCUGGGCAUGCAGGUCCUGCUGAGCAGCGCCAAUGAGAUGGCGUCCAUCCGUUACCUGGGCACGGCGGACUUCGCCCCCGGCCUCUGGCUGGGUCUGGAACUCCGGAGCCCCAAGGGCAAGAACGACGGGUCCGUGGGCGGCCGCCGCUACUUCACCUGCCGGCCGGGUCACGGCGUGCUGGUCCGUCCCAGCCGCGUUACCUAUCACGGCAUAAAUGGUUCACGCCUGCUGAGUGAAAACAGCUGAAGACGAGGCGGAGGGAGCGGAAACGUCACCAAAAUGAGCCACUGAAGCAUUUCUUGGGAAUUAAACUUUCUUCCAUUCAUACAGUAAUUCCUCUCUGCACAGAGCUGCUGAGAUCCAGUAAUAUGAUGAUGACCCAGUCGUAAAACAUUAACAGUUGAAUUGCAUUACAUGACUCAGAUAGAUCAUUCACAUUUAUUAGAGGUCAACGAAAGCACUUUAUAAAUUAGCAGAAUUAGUUUGACAGGAUGCAGGGAAACGUCUUAAGACAUUGCACUACUUUUUAUCUGAUUGCACUGACAAACAUCAGCAUGAUAGAUGAGGAUAUGAUAAAACUAAUGGAAUUAACGUGCACACAUGAAAAACUUUCUACACCCAAAGCUAAUUUUAAUUGCAUCAAGUGGAGAUGUUGAUCAGAUAACUUAAUGUAGCAUCUCUAACCAAAAGAGUGUGUGUGCGUGUCUGUCUGUGUGUGAGUGUGAGUGUGUGUUUGUGCGUGUGCACGUCAAGAGUUCUAAUGAGAUUUUUGUUUGUUUGUUAUUGUGGGAGUCUCAUCUUGUGGUUUAAAGAUAAUUAAUGGAAGCUGACUCAAAGCAGCAUUUUUGAAUCAAUGAGAAAAACAGGAUUUAAUUAGCUGCAUCAGUGUCUGUUACAAUGCAACAUGAGCAGAAGUUUCCUGCUACUUACAUCAUUUUUUUCCCCCAACAAUGUUUUUUUUUUAUAUUGCAGGAAGCAAAACUUCUGCCUACAGUAUUGUCUUAUCAGCAGCAGUGAUGUCAUUCAGGCAUGCGGCUCAUUAUAUACAGUGAAUGUUCUCUUGAUAAACAUAUCAUUUUUAGACUUCAUCCUGUGUUAGCAUCACACUGGUCUGUGUUCAGGGGUCUGCAAACAUUUGCGACGUGACGCAAAUGUAUCGGCCGCUUAAUUAAAGCGGCUCGGCGCAGGAAGCACGCGGCCGCCGUGAGGUUUUGAUGCAGCGGCGGCCGCGUGAUUAGAGCUUCCUGGCAGCUCAGCAGAGAACACGCCAUCGAUUGUGCAUGUGGAAAACCGGCCCGCUGUUCAGUAAAACGCUCAUGUACCGUCCAAUUAGGGCGUGUGGGGCCACAACAGUAGCUGUAGAAUCUCCAAUGGCCUUUUCUCAUUGAUUCGUCUGGUCAGGCCUGCGUGAUUGAAAAGAAGCGGUGGUCGGCGCCCAAGGUUGUCUGAAACGUCGGGUACAAACACAGCGAGUGAAUGUUUCCACUUUCUUACAGAAAUGUUUCUUUGAAAAUAGCUUCUGAUCUGCAUGAAGUCGCUGUAUCUCUGCAUCUAUUGAUGCGCGAAGGUCUUUUUUCUGACUCCUUAUUGGCACGAUGUUCAUGAGGUCAAACUGUAGUUGUUAUUUUUGAUUUGUGUAUUUUUUUCUAAUUAUUCCUGUACUGUAAUGUGUGGAGUGAGUGUGGAGCUGCUUUGUCUGAUGCAUUUGGAUGAUAAGGAAAAUAACGGUUUGUAAAAUUUUAAUUAUAUUCAAUAAAAGCUUUUCCUGUA